GUAUAUAAAAAAAAAACCCGCGUGCCGUAGCGCGAGACGGCCUCCCCGCUGGCCCGGCCACAGCACGCGAGGCCCCGUGCGAGCCACACGCGCGGCACCCUUCCCCCCAACCCCCGGUGGCAGUGCGUGGUGGUGGUGGUGAGGAGUAGAGGGGGUCGGUGAGUGAGUGAGCGAGCGUUGUGAGAGGAGAAGGGGGGCUGUGAGAGAACGCAACAAACAUGACGUCCUCGCAGUCCGGCCCGCGCCGCGUGACGUCACAGCAGCACGUGGGGCGACGUGCCGGCGGCCAUGUUGGUAGGGGAGGAGUAGGGGGUGGCGGUGGUGGUAGUGGCUGCGGUCAACUUCGGGCGCGCGAGCCGUCGGCCGAGGAGCUCAAUCGGAGGCCGCCGCUGGCUGCCGCCGCCGCCGCCGCUGCUGCUACUGCUGCUACUGCUGCGACGACCAAAAAGAAGGAGGAGGAGGUGGUGGUGGAGAGGUGGAGGAGAGAGGAGCGGAAAAACGGGGAGAGGAGGGGGGCGACUCGAACGGCCAUGAACCGGCAGAAGACGGGUGCCACUCGGCGGCCCAGCAAACCCUCGGCUCACCCACCUCCCGGCGACUUCAUCGCCCUGGGCAGCAAGGUGCAGUCGAUCGACUCGAAGUCCGUGCCGACCCUGCACAAAUCCGGCGCUGGUGGCCCUUUACCCAGUGUGGGCUCCUCAUUGGUGGGAGCCGGCUUGGUGCUAGGCGGGGAGCGCAAGCGUGAUGCGCCAUCCAGCUCGACCUCCGGCGCCAGCCUGGGCAAGAGGCCCAAGCUCGGAAGCCUCAGCGGUAGCGGCGGGGCCCUGAGUGCCCUGGGCCGCCUGGCGGACGCUGCGGACGCCGAGAGGAGGACCAUCUCGCCAUCCAUCCGGGAGCCGUCGGUGGUGCCCAUUGAAGUCCCACCGAGCGCGCUGCUGGACGCCAUCGAGGCGGCGGAGAAUGAGGGGAACGACGAGCGUGUGGACGGGCUCCUGUGCGGCGCCGUCAAGCAGCUGAAGGCGAACCGCGCGCGACCAGACCCCACGCUCUUCCUCACCCUGAUGCACCUUGCCAAGGUCAAACCCAACGUGUUCGCCACGCAGGGCGUCAUCGAGGCCCUGUGCAGCCUGCUCAGGAGAGACCCGACCGUAACGAUCAAGGCCAAGGGGAACCCCCUUGUGUCCGUGCUGGCCUGCAACCUCCUCAUGGCCGCCUACGAGGAGGACGAGAACUGGCCGGAGCUCUUCGUCAAGGUGUACAUCGAGGACUCGCUGGGCGAGCGUAUCUGGGUGGAUAACGUCCACUGCAAGGCGUUUGUGGAGAACAUCCAGACGGCGUUUGGCACCAAGUCGCCCCCGCGCUGCCUCAUGCUGCCCGCGGAGGGGGCGCGCCCGGGCGGCAGCGACGCAAGCGCCGGUGCCAGCCCCCACCUGGCUGGGGAGGAAGAAGACAAGAACCAGGAGCCCCCGGACCUCCUCAUUGCCGAGGACAAAACUUCGUCGGACGAGGAGACUGCGCAGACCAUGAACCGCUACGAGGACCUGGGCGAGAGCGUGGAGGAGUACGUGGUGGAGAUGCUGCGUGAGCAGCUAAAUCGCCGGCAGCCCAUGGACAGCGUGUCGCGCAACCUGCUGCGCCUGCUGGCCGCCACGUGCGGCUACUGCCAGGCGCGCCUACUCGCCGUGCAGAAGCUGGAGAUCUGGCUCCAGAACCCCAAGCUGACGAGGCCGGCGCAGGAGCUGCUCAUGUCCGUGUGCACCAACUGCAACACGCACAGCAGCGACGACGUGGAGGUCAUCUCCAACCUCAUCAAGAUCCGACUCAAGCCCAAGCCCCUGCUCAACCACUACAUGCUGUGCAUCAAGGAGCUGUUGAACGCGCACAAGGACAACCUGGGCACGCUCGUCAAGUUCCUGCUCUUCAACGAGCUGUCCAACAUGCGCAACCCCAACAACAUGCAGGUGCUCUACACCGUGAUGCAGCACGCGCCCGAUGGCGCACCCAAGUACCUGGCCAUGGUGUUCCAGGACCUGCUCGUCAACAAGGAGGACUACCUGCGCGCUUCGCGGCUGCUGCUGCGCGAGAUCGUCAAGCAGACCAAGCACGAGAUGAACUUCCAGGCCUUCUGUCUGGGCCUCAUGCAGGAGCGCAAGGAGACGCAGUUCCAGGAUCUCGACCACAAGGACCGGUUCGUAAUCCAGACGACGGAUCUGCUAACCCUGGCUAUGAUGCUGGGCAUUACGGGGCAGGUGAAGGAAGCCGGCCUCGCUUGGGACAAAGGCGAGAAGAAACACCUGGAUCAGCUGAGGGCCUUCCAGAGGCAGAUCGCAGCGAUACAGCGAGAUGCCGUGUGGUGGCUCCACACUAUCGUGCCCGCCAUGUUCAAGCUGCCCGCCAAGGACUACGUGCACUGCCUGUACAAAGUGCUGUUCACCGAACAGCCCGAGACGUACUACAAGUGGGACAACUGGCCCCCCGAGGGAGACAGGAACUUCUUCCUGCGGCUCUGCUCCGAGGUACCGCUGCUGGAGGACACGCUGAUGCGCAUCCUGGUGAUGGGGCUGUCGCGCGACCUGCCCCUAGGCCCCGCCGACGCGAUGGAGCUCGCCGACCACCUCGUUAAGCGCGCCGCCGGCGUACAGGCCGAGGGCGCUCCUCCCUGCGCACACAUGGACGUGCUGCACGUCGACAGGAUCCAGCUGCUGGAGGCGGUGCUCAACUUGGCCACCUACCACUACCCCGAGAACAUCCACCUGCCCGCUGGGUAUACCCCCCCCACCCUUGCCAUCUCCAACCUCUACUGGAAAGCGUGGCUCUUGCUGCUGGUGGUCACUGCCUUCAACCCACAGAACAUCGGCCAGGUGGCCUGGGAGGAUUACCCCACGCUGAAGAUGAUGAUGGAAAUGGCUAUGACCAAUAACUACGCGUUCCCGCCGUGCACCGUGGGGGACGAGGAGUCGCGGGCCGAGCUGACGGCGCGCGAGCUGCAGAUGGCGCAGGUGGAGCGGCAGGACAUCCUGCAGUUCGAGAGCCACCUGGCGGCCGCCUCCACCAAGCAGACAAUCACGCAGGCCAACAGCCUGCUGCUGCCCCAGCUCAUGACGUUUGACCCCCGCGGCGUGGCGCGGAGACCUCCGGCCAGCGUGGUGGAGCAACUCAAGGGCCUCAACCAGAACCUCAAACUCGGCCAGCUGCUCUGCUGCAGUCGCAGCCCUGACUUCCUACUCAGCAUCAUCCAGAGACAGCAGGGCUCGUCGCAGUCGAUGCCGUGGCUGGCGGAGCUGGUGGAGUCGAGCGAGGGCUCCCUGGACAUCCUGCCCGUGCAGUGCCUCUGCGAGUUCCUGCUGCACGACGCGGCGCAGUCGAGCGGCUCCUCGGCGGACGACGACGACUCCGGGAAGGCUGGCAGUGGCGCAGCCGAGGGCAGCGAGAGCAAGGAGCGGCGGGCGAAGCGUGCGCUGAAACGGCGCAAGCAGAAGCAACUGCUGUCGCGCCUGCGGGAGCUGCUGCAGGGGCCCCGUGCCGCCGAGCACACCACUACCGAGGUGUUGGACUACUUCCUGCGCCGCCUGAGCUCGCAGCAAGCGGCCGCGCGCCACCUCGCCAUCAAGGGCCUGGCGAUCGUCCUGGGCACGGAGACGGAGCGCUCCAGCGUGGGCGAGGACGCGGACGCGACGCCGGCGUCGGGCGAGGACUCGCGGGGCAGCGACGCGGGCGUCCCAGCCCAGCUGCUGCUGCUGCCCGCGUUCCGCUGGCUCCUGCGCGACCUGCCCCAGCUGCCCCUCUUCCGCAGCGUGAACGCCAUGACGCUGCACGCGCUUAUGCAGGCCAUCCACGUGGAGACCGACCCGGACGCGGUGAGCGCCUACCUGCUGUACCUGUCGCAGCACCUCCCUCUGGACGACCAGCAGAUGCACAACAGCCUGAUGCUGGACGUGUCGCACCUGAUCGUGGAGCGGACGACCAUCGUGAACCACCUGUUCUUCGAACGGACGCGCUCCACGCAGGCCGAGUCCGUCCUCUCCGCGCUGCUCUUCGUCUUCAGCACCUACAUGCGCUGCGUGGUGCGCACCAAGGAGGAGGAGACGUACUCGUGGUCCGAGUCUCAGGAUCAAAUCUUCAUCCGCUGGGCGUCGGGAGAGACGGCCACCAUGCACAUCCUGGUGGUGCACGCGCUGGUCAUCCUGCUCACGCUGGGCCCGCUCGACGGUAACGGCGACUUUGCGUACCUGCUGGACGUGUGGUUCUCGGACCGCCAGCCGCUGCCCACUGCCUUCCUGGUCGACACAUCCGAGGAGGCGCUGCUGCUCCCCGAUUGGCUGAAGCUGCGCAUGAUUCGCUCGGAGGUCUCGCGAUUGGUCGACGCUGCCCUGCAGGAGCUAGAGGUACAGCAGCUGAUCCUGUUUGUGCAGUCGUUUGGCAUCCCCGUGUGCAGCAUGAGCAAGCUGCUGCACCACCUGGACCAGGCGGUCACCUCUGACCCCUACACGCUCGAGCACAAUAUCAUGGACAAGAACUACAUGGCGCAGCUGGUGGACGUGCAGCACGAGCGUGGCGCCACGGGCGGCUUCGCCUUCCACAGCAUCCUGGCGGCCGCCCCCCUGCCGCAGACGGACGCGCUGGACAUGAAGAAACCUGGGACAGGGCCCUCGUCCGCACGUGCCGACGCGGUGCAGCCCUCCUCCCACCGGCCCCUCUUCAUCGACCCAGACGAGGACGUGACCGCCGUGCUCCUACAGAUCUUCCCACCGCGGUGCGAGCCGGGCCUCGGCGACCCUGCUGCACGGCAACUCUCACUCGCCCUGCAGAGGUCGUUAGCCCAGGAGGCGGCCACGGCGUCGGCAGCGGCAAACUCGUCUAGAAGGACCGGCGGCGGGGCGGAUCCCGUGACCGCCGGUGGUGCCGCUAGCAGUGGUGGCGGCGGCGGCGGCGUGUCCUUGCGCAUCCUGCAGGCCCUGCAGAGGAUUCUGGCGUCGCAGCACCGUGCGGCGUUUGUUGGAGCCGUGUUCCGCCUGCACAGCCCCGCGUGCCAGAUCCUGCGCUACCUGCGCCGCUUCCAGAAGGAGAGCGGGGACGGUGUGGCGAGCGCCCUCUUCGCGGACGUACUGCUGCAGCUGCACGCGGAGACCGGCGCUCGGCAAGAGGGGCCCCUGCACUCGCUGAUUGCGUCGUACCUCGCUCACAUCGAGCAGGACGGCACGCCCGCACAGCCUGCGGUGGCGAUGGCCCAGCUGCUGGAGGCCGCCCAGUACGGCCGAGACGCGGCGGCGGUGCUGGCGCGCCACGGCAAGGCGACGGUGCGGGCCCUCGCGGCCUCGCCCCGCGCGGCCUGGGAACCACGGCUCUUCCAGGACGUGUGCUUCCGCCUCGUGAGCACGAGCUCUCCCUACCUGGAGGAGUUUGUCCGGCGCGCUGUCGGAGGGGUGGCUACGACGGGCGUCGGCGGGGCCGGCGGCGCCGGCGGGGAGGCCUGCGCCGCCGCACUAACUCGGCUGCUCCUGCUCGAGGUGCAGAGGUCACAGGUCAAGCGGGAAAGAUCGGAGAGGCCCAGUGUGGAGCUGUCUCCCGCAGGGCUCUUCAUCGACUGGCUGGAGCUGCUCAACCCGGAGGUGAUGUCAACGGCGUCGGCGACCGCGGCGUCCGCUACCACCCUGGAGCCCCAGCUGCAGCUCCUUUUCACGAGCUCCAAGAGCGAGAGGGCGGACGGCGUGGGGAUGUCCUCCUUCCGACUGCACCUGCUGUCGCUGCUCACGCACCAGUCCAACUGGUGCACCCUGCACCGCACCGUCGCCGCCCUACUAGCGCCCGCCUCCACCAUCAGUUACAGUGCUGGUGCGGUGUUGGACUUCCUCUGGGCCUGCACACGCAUCCCACGCCUCUGGCAGGGCCGGGACAUCAAGACACCGCGGAAGCGCUCCGCGGAGCGCGUGCUGCGGCUAACGUCGUCGCAGCUGCUGCGCCUCGUCGACCUCAUCGUGGACGAGGCGGCGGAGAGGGACCGCGAGGACGGCGCGGGGGCGGCGCCACCGACGGCGGUCGCGGCGGGGGCGGCCGAGGGCCCCGAGAGACGGGGCGACGGGACCGGAGGGGAGUCGCCGGGCGAGGCGGGGCUGAGCUCCAUCCAGGCGCGGCUCCCGCUGCUGCUCGGCUGUUGCCAGGGCAACUCGCGCCUCCUUGCGGACGUGGCGCAGCACCUCAUUGCUCGGGGCAACCAGAGGAGCGACGGCCGGGCCCCCGGCUCGCUGUGCUCCUCGCUGCUGCUGCAGAUCUACCUGCAGGCGCCGGAGGUGGUGCGCUGCGCCACGCUGCCCGACGCCCUCCUGCAGCACGCCGCCGGCACCGUGCGAGGCCGGGCCUGCAAGCUGGACGCGGGCCUGCACCGCCUGUGCACGUUCCUGGUGGACGUGUCGGACAGCCGCGCGAGCGAGAACCGGGCCAACGAUGCCAACCUCAUCCUGCGCAAGAUGGCCGUCUCACACCCCUUGCUGCUGCUCAGGCACUUGCCCAUGAUCGCGGCGUUGCUGCAGGGCCGCGCUCAGCUGAGCGUGGGCCUCGAGGUGUGGCGAGUGGCUGGCCAGCUGGGGCCCUUCUCCGCCACGCUGGGCCUGCUGCAGCUGCUGCGGCCGCUGGUGUUCGGCCGCGAGCACACCCGCGCGCUGGCCGACGUCCUCGGCACCUUCGUCACGCUCCUGCAGAACCUGGGCCGUUGCGUGCGGCAGCUGACGUCGCUGGUGAACCGGCUGGUGCAGUUCAUCCACGGCUACGUGGCGCAUGACCCCUGCAGCGCUCUCGCCUUCCUGCGCACCCACGCCGCCGCCCUGCAGCAAGUGGCAAGCGACUACAGGGACCUGACCCAACUGAAGUCGCUGCUGGCCGGGCUCUCCCUGCCCCCGCACUCGUCAUCGGGCACCGACCGCCACUCGCUGCUCUCUCGACAGGAAGAGGCGAGCAGUGCCCUGCCGCUGGUGGGCAUGAGCGCCACCCACGCGGUGAUGCCGUCGGAGAUGGCGCCGUACCAGCGCCGGCUCACCGAUUGCCGGGACACAGAGGAUAUUUUGGAAGCACUUGGCGACAUUGACGAAAUGUCCAGAAGGAAAGAGGAGAUCCUCAAAUUUUUCCAGGCCGAGCUGCAGAUGCUCAUGGGCCACGCCGAUGAGGCGUGCCGUGACCUGGCCUUCACGCUCGCCAUGAGGAGCGGUCGCCACAGCCCCCGCUGUGCUCCAAGCUUCCUGCCCGCGUACCUCUACUGCCUCGACAGCGACAACUUCGACGUGGUGCAGACGGCACUCAGGAACCUGCCCGAGUUUGCCGUGCUCUGUCAGGAACACGUGUCGGUGGUGCUGCACCGCGCGUUCCUGGCCGGCGUGUCCCACCAGCUGGACACGAGUCCCGUGGUUGCCGAUGCCCUGCAGAUGCUGCGCAUGGAGAUCCUUGGCUGACGUGUGGGGGGACACGGUACGAAGGGGGGGGGGGGGAGGGCCCUCUCGCGUGUACAGCUGCCGGGAUGUCUGGUCUUUCGAGUAACCGAUUGCUCUGUGGAUUAUCGCUUCAAUUACUGGACUGAUUGGUUAACACGAAAAUAGUUUGGGGGGGGGGGGGGGUGUAAGUUUGCUUUUGUAAUUCUGGCCAGUCAAGUCGAAACAAUGGCACUGAAACUUGUGGCUAAACGUCUUGCGAUGACAGCCAGCAUGUCUCUCUUCGGCACGCUCUCUUCCAACUUUCUUGGCUCAAGUGUGUGCCCUGCUGCACUCUCUCAUCCUACCGUUAUAAUUUGUAUAUAGCUAGGCUACUUUGUAAGAAAAAUUACUCAACCACAUCUCAUUUUUAUCGGCUUGCUUUUGUAAACACGGUCCUGCGUGAUAGGAAUUUGUGGAAUGUUCAUAAAUUCGGUGUAAAAAAUAAAUGUGAAGUUUUGCUUAAAA